GAAAAGUCUCAUGCCUUCAUUUUUAGGAGAUUCUUUUUAGCUUAUUAGUAUUUUUGUUCUACAGGUAAAGCCACAUCCUCUUCCAACCCAGGCAGCCCAGCUCCAGACUGGUACAAAGAUUUUGUCACCGAUGCAGAUGCUGAAGUAUUGGAACAUUCUGGGAAAAUGGUGCUUCUCUUUGAAAUUCUUCGCAUGGCAGAGGAGCUUGGAGAUAAAGUUCUAGUUUUUAGCCAGUCUCUAAUAUCACUGGAUUUGAUAGAAGAUUUUCUGGAACUGGCAAGCAGGGACAAAACUGACAAUGAUAAGCCUGUUAUUUAUAAAGGUGAAGGAAAAUGGUUCAGAAAUAUUGACUACUAUCGUUUAGAUGGUUCAACCACAGCUCAGUCAAGAAAGAAAUGGGCUGAAGAAUUUAAUGAUGAAACUAAUGUGAGAGGCCGUUUAUUUAUUAUUUCCACUAAAGCAGGAUCCCUUGGAAUUAAUCUGGUGGCUGCUAAUAGAGUGAUUAUCUUUGACGCCUCUUGGAAUCCAUCCUAUGAUAUUCAGAGUAUCUUCAGGGUUUACCGCUUUGGGCAGAACAAACCUGUGUUUGUAUACAGGUUCUUGGCUCAGGGAACAAUGGAGGACAAGAUAUAUGAUCGUCAAGUAACAAAGCAGUCACUGUCUUUCCGAGUAGUUGACCAGCAGCAGGUUGAGCGUCACUUUACCAUGAAUGAGCUUACAGAGCUUUAUACCUUUGAGCCAGACUUGCUGGAUGACCCUAAUUCAGAAAAGAAAAAGAAAAGGGAUACACCCAUGCUGCCAAAGGAUACAAUUCUGGCAGAAUUGCUUCAGAUCGACAAAGAACAUAUAGUGGGCUAUCAUGAACAUGAUUCCCUCCUAGACCAUAAAGAGGAAGAAGAAUUGACCGAAGAAGAAAGGAAGGCAGCUUGGGCAGAGUAUGAAGCUGAAAAAAAGGGUCUGACCAUGCGCUUCAACAUGCCAGCUGGGACUAAUAUGCCCCCUAUCAAUUUCAACUCUCAAACUCCAUAUAUUCCAUUCAAUUUGGGAGCAUUAUCAGCAAUGAGUAACCAACAGCUAGAGGACCUCAUUAAUCAAGGAAGAGAAAAAGUUGUGGAAGCAACCAACAGUGUAACUGCAGUGAGAAUUCAGCCCCUUGAAGAUAUAAUUUCAGCUAUAUGGAAGGAAAAUCUGACCCUGACAGAGACCCAAGUACAGGCCUUGGCCCUAAGCAGACAGGCAAGCCAGGAGCUUGAUGUUAAGCGCCGAGAAGCCAUCUACAAUGAUGUCUUGACAAAACAACAGAUGUUAAUCAGUUGUGUUCAGCGGAUACUUAUGAACAGAAGACUACAGCAGCAGUACAAUCAGCAGCAGCAGCAGCAAAUGUCUUAUCAACAAGCAGCAAUGAGUCAUCUCAUGAUGCCAAAGCCUCCAAAUUUAAUCAUGAAUCCUUCCACCUACCAGCAGAUAGAUAUGAGAGGAAUGUAUCAGGCAGUUUCUGGUGGUAUGCAGCCACCACCAUUGCAGCGUGCACCACCCCCAAUGAGAGGCAAAAAUCCAGGACCUUCCCAAGGGAAAUAAAUGUGAUUUUGCACUAAACGGAUUGUUAAAAUCAGAGAGAGAACUUUUUUAUUUUUUUAGGAAUCAAUGGCUUAACAGAACUCAACUGCAUAAAUAGUUUGGAUCCCUUAAAUGCCAUGUUCCAUAUUAAUGUUUCAACUGUGUUUUAAAUAGGAUGUAACAUUUUUCCCUCUCAUGUCAGUGAUGUUGCCUAGAAUCUUCUUAAAUGUGUUGAAUACAGGAGAUAUCAAAUUGUUUUCAGUGAAAACAAGCCCUUCCAUAAUAGUAGCAGCUCCACUGGUUUACUGUCUAAAGUCCUAUGCUUGUUUUUAGUAGCCAUAAAACCAUCAUCAAACAUGAGAAACUUAGGAAAGACUACAGAUCUGUAUGUUUCAGUAUGCCAUAUAUAAAAUGUACAUGGCUGAGUUCUUGAUUAGAGUUGAUUCCUCAAAUUAUGGAAUACUUUUCUGGUUACCCAUUUCUUGAAAUUAGUGAGUGUGAUAAAACAGAGAGAUGAUCUAGUUUCUUUUUGACUGAAGUCUGGACUCAUGCUAUAUCAUCUGUGCGGAAUAAAACAGGAACUGAAAAUUCUCUUGAGACAAAAUUGAGUGCAAUAUUCUUAAAUACUACGACUGAAACUUGUCAUGCAGUUAUAUAGAAACUGUGUAUACAGCCUUAAAUCGUGACUUGAGAGGAGAAUUUUUUCUUCUCCAGUCUUCUGCCACUUUUUAUUUUCAGUUUUAUGUGAUGGAAUAACUGGUAAAUUUAAAUUUACAGCUUUGUAUCCUUCACACAUUAUUUCACUGUUUAUUGACUCUGAUACAAAGCACAUUUCUGUUAACUCCUUGAUGCUGGUGCUAGUGUCUCUUCCCAUUGCUGGCAAUGGGAUAGGGACCAAAAAAAUCAAAUUACUGGUAUUUUGGAGGUUACGAUAGUGGUGAUUCUUAGGGUUACUCCCUGUUUUAUAAAUAACAUCUGAGUGGCAGAACCAUUGCCGACUUUAAAUUCAUACAAUGAAUGAAUGUGCUUUAACAAUUUCCAGUGUUGCCAGAAUUGUGAAAUAAAUCUCCUUGUAUAGAUAAGGAUCUCUGCAUACCAUGCUCUUCUUCCUACCCCUUCUUUCAUUUUUGUAAGAAUAUAAGUUAGUACAAAAAGACCUUGAUCAUUUGAUUAUUUUUUUUAUUUUAAAUCUAGACCAAGGUAUGUUUCUGAUUGAUUACAUGUCAUUAACACCUACGUUCCCAACAUUUUAAUGGGUAAUAGCACAUUUUCUGUGCUUAUGAUGAUCCAUUUACACACACACAUGGCUUUUCUUUCCAUGUAGUUUGUCUGAUACUAUUUUUAAAGGAAAAUGUUUUUAGAAUGUGGGAGACAUAUGACAGAAAUAUUUGAGGUGAUACUGCAUCAGCUAUUGAAAACAGCUAGAGAAUUGUUAAUAAACGAAAGCUGGAUGGAGGGAUUUGCUGUAGCUAUCACUAUACUCGCAUGACUUGCUGACAUCAACUAGAAGUGUUUUGGUUUCUUGAAUCACUCUUGAAGGACUUUUUUUGAGUUUCUGCGUAGAGAUCCUGUGAGAUACUUCAUGUGAGGAUUGAAUUUUGGUUUGUGAUGUGACUAGGAUUUGUUAGAUCUGCUGCAAAACCAGCUAACAAAAUUGUUGGUUUGGAUUUUUUCUGUUACAAGACAUUGCAAGAAAACCCUUUAUGUUCUAAGCCUUUGCCAGCUCCAUAAUCAGAUUUAUUUAAUUUGCGGGAGAGGGGAACCAAAAAAGGUGCAUUCACUUUAGAAGAAGUUAAAAAAAAUUAGACUUUGUAAGACAAGCAUUUGAAUGCAAAUGUACUCUGGACAACUGUUACUGAUAUUCCUGCAUGUCGUGAAUAAGACAAAUAUGUUCUACCACACCUGGGAAUUUUCAGUGGAGUUCUACGAUAACUUGCUCAAAGACUUAAAUGUGGAAGUUUUAGGCAACAUUUAAAGGCACAUUUUUCCACUGUGGACAGUACUAUGGAUAACAGAAGACUAAUGCAUAAGAAGAUUAAUCAAAGAAAAGAAGCAUUGAAAUAAAACUUGGACCACUUUGUAUACAUGUUCCUAACUUGACAUUUUAGCUGCAUAAUGUGUGUAUAACAUGAAGCUUUAACGAAUAUUUAAAGACAGAACAUUACAUCAAUAAGGUAAUAAAAGGCUCAUUUUUAUAUUUGUUUUAGAUGUUUUAACUAGUUGAAAUGGCUUAAGAUGACAAAUAAAAAUGUUGCUUGUAAUACAGUUUUGCCUGCUAAAUUCUCCACAUUUUGUAACCUGUUUAUUCCUUUGGAUGUAAAGCGUUUUUGCUUAGUAUUGUGAUAUUGUAUAUGUUUUGUCCCAGUUGUAUAGUAACGUUUCAGUCCAUCAACCAGCUUUGGCUGCUGAAAUCAUACAGCUGUGAAGACUUGCCUUUGUUUCUGUUAGACGGCUUUUCAGUUCUGUAUUAAAUAUCUUAAAUACUGUAGAAAAGAUGUCACCUCUUCCUAUAAGGCUGUUUUGUAAUAUAUAUAUAAGGACUGGAAAUGUGUUUUUAAAGAGAAGAAGCAUUCGAGUAUGACAAUAUACUAUCUGUGUUUUCACCAUUCAAAGUGCUGUUUAGUAGUUGAAACUUAAACUAUUUAAUAUCUCAUUUAAUAAAGUGACCAAAAUGCAUAAA